AUGGAACCUCUCCACACACACACAACGGAGGUGAGACGAACGGCAAGCAAACGCCUGGCACAUAUCCUGGAAAACCCUACUAAGCCGCCAUUGAAAACGCUUACAAACUGGCCCGAACCGCACUCGAAUCCAAAGAUCCAAGAACCGCAAAAGAGCGCAAACAUCUUGAACCGAAAGGUUGGAGACAAUGGUGGAGGAAGCCGCAUCAAUGAGGCACCGAGAAGCCAGUGA